GUUAAAUAAUUCAAUACAAAUUAUAUUCAAUUCGACAUUAAUUUCAGUUGAGAAUUGUAAUCAAUAUACGACGAUGCUCAAGAACUGUACACAAGUUCACGUUGGACCUAGAAUAGAAAUUUAUUCUGAAGACCGGAAUGGAAGUUGCUCGAAGACAGAAGACGAAGAAAGUAAUGAAAUGUUCGACAAUUACUGCCAGAAAUUAAACAGAAAAUAUGUGACUUACUUUUCCUAUAUGAGAUCUGUCUUGUGGGACGGAAAGAGGAACGAUUUUCCACUAAAGGAUUACUUUGUAGAAUUAACUGUAGAGAAGACAGAUUUAUUUGGAAAGGAAUGCGGAGAAAAAAUAAGUUUGAAUGAGAUAUUUGCCAUAGAACAAGAUGGACAUCAAACUAUUUUAGUUACAGGAGAUCCCGGUUAUGGUAAAUCUACUUUAUGCAAGAAAAUUGCCUACGAUUGGGUAUCCUCCAAUUAUCUGAAACAUUUUCAAUUAACUUUUAUCGUAAUUUUAAGAAAAUUAGGCGAUAAAAGUGUAGCAGAUGCAUUACUCGAUGAUAUUUAUGAGUUAUUUGAUAUAAACUGGGAACUGCAAGAUAAAAAACUGAACGUUUUGGUAAUUUUAGACGGGUUCGAUGAGAUUCAAGAUAAAUCUAAAAUUAUAAAAUUUAUAAGAGACGAAUCUUUCGAUAUUUCUCGCAUAAUGACUAUUUUGGUAACGAGUCGACCUCAAGCAGCGGAAGAGAUCAGAGAAGACAUGAAGAUGAGAAUAGUGAUCAAAGGGUUCUCUGCAGAAUAUCAAGUAAAAUAUAUUCAAUUAUUGUUUAGAGAAGAUGAAAGUAAAGCGAACGAACUGAUUUCUGCACUGACAGAAAAUGACUUUUACAGAGAAAUAACAGAAUGUCCUCUGAUGCUGCACAUGUUGUGCUGUCUUCAUCGAAAUGGAGAAAUAAUAAAACUUGAAACGAUGGCUGAUUUAUACAUCAGAAUAUUUACUCUUGUAACUGAACGGUACGUUAGAAAAACUAAUCAUAAACGUAAAUUUAAAAGAGGAAAAUAUUUUGUGGGUGAAAAUUUGCUAUUGAAAUUAACUAGAUUAAAGAGGGAUAUAAACUGUAUCACGUCACAAGAUUUGGAGUCCUUAUUUCCGAAUGAAGAUAAACACAAUUUUAUUACUGGAUUAGAUAUUUUUACUUUGGAUUCCUUUUCUGAAUACGAUAAUAUCAUUCGAUACAGUUUUGUUCAUCGGACAUUUGGCGAAUUUCUUUCCGCUUUAUCUUUAUAUAUAGGAAAUAUUUCAUUUCCAUAUAAUAUAUCUAAUAUGGAAUUAUUAUUUUUUAUGGGAUUAAAUAAGGAUGAGCCUUUAUCCAAAAAGUUUUUAACAUAUGUCGACAAAGAAAUGUACAUGCCUCAAUUUAUGCUCCGCGCUCAUAAACAAAUAAAACUGAAAAGUAAUUGGGAACAAUUUUGUUUUCAUUCAAAAGUGGUAUUACAUUAUUGGAAAUUCCUGAUUUAUUUUCAAGAGCUAUCUAACUUGUAUGAAUUCAAAGAACUGUAUUUAUAUUUAUACGAGACCGAAGGAGAAAACGACGAAUGGGUGAAUUACAUAAAUUACUUUUCGAAUCACUGGAGUUACACCAAAAAUUUAAAGAUUUAUCUUAUUCUCUUAGUUCGGGAGAAGUUUUCGAAUCAUUUAUACGAUAUUAGAGAACUUAUCUCAGGCAUUAUCGAUUUCCUUCAAGUAAUGAACGUAAUUAACGUAGACAUUUAUUUUAUUGGCGUAAAAUAUCUUCCGGGUGAAAAUCAUUUUCAUAGGUUCAUCAAUGUAAAAUACAAUUUGAAUUCGUCAGAGAUCCGGAAAUCAUUAAAUAUAAGUGAAGACGAGAAGUUGGUUGCAUUGGAAACUGUCGACGAUUCGAAACAAUCUGACAGUUUCGUGCUCUCAUUGGAGCAAUACGAAACUUUACGCGAUCGUAUAUUAUUUCAGUCUGCCAGUAAAUUGAAAUUAAAAUGUGCAAUACUGUAGAAUUCUUUUAAAAUAUAUAUUAAGUUUUUUUUAUAAAAGAAUCGUGUAACCUUUAUUUAUGAUAUUACACGUAUUUAUCAGUGACGAAUUUCUACAAAUAGAUACACUGGAUUGUUAAACGUUGCGUGUCGUCGUGUUGAAACAUUUUUGUAGGAUUAUAAUCUAGGAAAAAAUUAAAUAAUUGUAUUUGUGGUUGACUACACCUAUAACACUACACUUAUGAAAAUGUAAAUUAUGUAUAGGCCUAAACACUGUGUUUAGACAUUAUUUUGAAGUUCUACAAAUAUACAGUUGAUCCCCCAUAACACUGUUGAUAAUUCCGUUUUAUAUGAAUUCCA